GCCUCUCUCAAUCUUCGCUGUCCCUCCAUCUGCCAUCACCACUCCCGCUACUACUACUGAUACUACUGCUACUACUACAUCCGCAUCCGUCUGCUCUCCGCCACACGUCCCCUCCGUUAUCGCCAUUUCCCUACCUUGUUCCCUUUCAUAAAUGUCCGUUCGCGCAUCCUCGGCCGUCCCUCCAUCUACCCGAUCGUCACGAGCGCCCGAGCCUGCUGCUGCUGCCACCCGCCACCGCUCAUUGUCCCCGCCACUCGAGAAGGAGAGGCCUGUGAACGGAAAGCUUGUGGACGAUGUCAAGCGUGUUGACCCUCUUCGUCCUGUAUCGUCGAGCAAGCCCCCGUUGUCGCCUUUGCCUGUGAAAGAGCCGGAUGGGAUCCCUGCUGUGGUAGAUGAGGAGGAAGGAAGCCCGGAGACGAUUGAUGAAGAGACGUUCAACCAGAUCGUCGAACUCGAUGAGGAUGAUACGCACGACUUCUCACAUGGGAUGGUCACAGCAUACUUCACCCAAGCACGCAACACAUUCGACGAAAUGGAGCAAGCAUACAAAGACAAAAACCUAGACAAACUCUCCUCCCUAGGCCACUUCCUCAAAGGCUCCUCCGCCGCACUCGGCGUCACCAAAGUCCAAGCCUCAUGCGAACGUAUGCAGCAUUACGGGAAACGAUGGGACGAGGAGGCUGGCGUGGCACUCACAGACGACGUUGCGUUUGAGAAGAUUGAACCGUUGUUGAUGAAGGUCAAGGGUGAGUAUGGAUCGGCGGAGAAGUGGUUGAAGAAUUGGUAUAGUGAACGGGGGAUUGAGGAGGAGACGGAGGAGGAUUGAAGGGGAAGGGGAAGAAGAGGAAGGAGGGUUGUUGCUUGAUCUUGAUUUUCGUGUCACGGAGAGAGGGAGGGUGUGGGAGGAGGAGCGGAUCGGGACAAGAGGGAGGGAGAGGAGAGAAAGGAGAGAAAGGAGAAGGAACGGAUUCGAUCUUACCCAGACCCUGGAAGAAAGCAUACCUCGGUCGUGUAUUCUAACGCAUUUAUAUGGAUGGAUCGUCGCUUGAUUUUCCAUAUGUCACCCCCGCCAGCUAACUUCCAACUACUACCACUAUUAAUUUAUGAACAUUACUUGUUUCGUUUUCUCACUUUUUGCUUUCUUUUUUAGUAUUUUCUUCUUCUUUCUUCCUGCCGGCCCUGGUUUUCAGCCAGCUAUCGUUUACUUAAAUACCAAAGCACUAUAGCUAGCGCUUGCAUCAUUUUACAUCGUUUGGAUUACUUACUUAUUCAACUUGUUCUCAAACUCACGUC